AUGGAGAAAAAUCUACUGAGUCAGAAACGAAAGAGGACGUCGUAUAGCUCAGCGCAAAUUGUGGAGCUCGAAAGAGUAUUCAACAUGGAUAAUUACUUGUCUCUGGCUGGUCGACUACAAUUGGUGGAAGAGAUGGGUCUCACGGAAAACCAAGUUACUGUAUGGUUCCAAAAUCGCCGAAUGAAAUUGAAAAAGGAAAGUAGAUAUUGCCCUGAUAGCGGUAACAUCGUAAAAAAAGCACGGAGAGCCCAUAAUAUGCUGGGUCUAGUAGAAUCUACCAGCAGCUACGAAUCCCUGCAGCGACCAUUUUUGCGUUCAUGUGACUUAGCUGCACAACAACUUGAAGUUGCAAAGCAGAUGUCUUACCUAGCAAGCUCAAAAGCCAGCUCAAAAGUAGUGCCUUCAACUUCGACCGACACAGUGUACCAUAAUUUUUCUGUUGCUGCUCAUUACUCUAGCUUCGGAGGAAAUCGGGUCAACGGCUCCAACUAUAGUUGCCAAGUGAAGGUGCUUGAACAAGACCAACAACUUCAAGUGCAACAGCAAACGCAACAGUCCCAGCAGCAACUUCUCUCGCAACUAAGACAACAGCAGCACCAGCAACCCCAAUCAACGCUACGUCCACCACAGAAGAAACGAUCGCUGCUGGACGCAUUUUUUGACAGUUUUACAUGUACGGUUUAUGACGACCCACUGGUGGAUUUUAUUAUUGAAUCACCCAGUAGUGAAAUUUUUAACCAGGAUGAGUUUUACAACGAAAUGUGUAAUUUUUUUAUAACUGUGGACUCUCCAAGGACUUAA